CUUUACGGGCAAUAAGCCAGCUGGAUGGGAGGAAGGGGAGCCCGGCAGUGACAAACAUGAACAAGCUGAAGUCCUCGCAGAAGGAUAAAGUUCGCCAGUUCAUGAUUUUCACACAAUCCAAUGAGAAGACUGCAGUGACCUGCCUGGCACAGAAUGACUGGAAGCUGGAUGUUGCCACAGACAAGUUUUUCCAAAGUCCAGAGCUCUACAUUUCAAAUCUAAAGGGGGCCUUAGACAAGAAGAAGCUUGAGCAGCUGUACGGCAGAUAUAGAGAUCCUCAUGAUGAUAACAAGAUAGGCAUUGAUGGGAUCCAGCAAUUCUGUGAUGACUUGGGUUUGGACCCAGCCAGUAUAAGUGUCCUCCUCAUCGCCUGGAAGUUCAGGGCAGCAACACAGUGCGAGUUCACGAAACAGGAGUUCAUGGAAGGCAUGACAGAACAGGGGUGUGACAGCAUAGAGAAGCUAAAAUCUCAGCUGCCUAAGAUGGAGCAAGAGUUAAAGGACCCAAGGAAAUUUAAGGACUUCUAUCAGUUUACGUUUAAUUUCGCAAAGAAUCCUGGCCAGAAAGGCUUGGAUUUAGAAAUGGCGAUUGCAUAUUGGAAGUUAGUUCUGCCUGGACGAUUCAAGUUCUUGGAGUUGUGGAACAAAUUUUUAGUUGAGCACCAUAAAAGAUCAAUUCCUAAGGACACGUGGAAUCUCUUACUAGACUUCAGCACAAUGAUCACAGACGACAUGUCGAAUUACGAUGAGGAAGGAGCGUGGCCUGUCCUUAUUGAUGAUUUUGUGGAGUUUGCGCGACUGCACAUUGGAACCAAAAGCACUGCAGUUUAAGGGCCGCUCUCACUGAAGCAACAGCCACGAGAGGUUUCUACAAAACAGUGAACGGAGGACACACUGAGCUGGGAACUUUGUUGCCUUUUCAACCCUCAGGACUGAAAUAUUUUACACAGCAGAGACUUUAUAUAUAUUAUGUGUAUGUUUAAAAAAAAAAAAAAAAAAAAAAAA